AUGUCGUAAGACUUAAAGAAAUUUUAAGUCUAAGAAGAAAAUCAGAUAUAAAAGAGUAUUAAUGAAUAAUCCAAUCAAAUGGAACAGACAUAGAAAAAAUAAUUUACAAAAUUUGAUAAUGAUAAUUAGAAUGAUUUAAAUUGUACUGUUUAAAGAGUUAAAACAACUUAAUAAUAAAAAAGCUUUAAUUUACCUUAAAAAUAAAGGAAUUCAUCUUAUCAGGAUAUUAAUGACAAUUUAUAUGACAAACUUCUAAAUAAUAAGUAAAAAGUAUAAUUCGAUAAUCAUGUUGAAAAAUUAUAAAAAAGCCAAUAGUUCAGAAGAAGUAAUUAAUAUAAAUCGCUUAGCAAUAGAUAUACAAGUUCAGAAGGCGGUUAAAUAUAUGAUUAGGUGAGAUAAGCAAAUCUUUUGGAAGAUAAUUAAAUUGAUUCAAUUAAUAAAUAUGAAUAUUACGACUCAAAAUAUACAGAGUGUAGAGAUAAAUAAACUAAUGUCUUAUAAUAUUAUCAAAGUCAACAUUUUAAUGAAGUGUACAGAAAGAGGUAGGAUUAAUUGUCCUGUUCAUUUUAUUCUAAAAACUCUAAAAAAGUCGUCAUUAAAACGAAUUAGACUAUCUAUUAAAGAUAAAUCAAAGAAGAAAAAGAUCACAAUGAUUCAAGUGAUUCGAAUUAAUCAAGAAUCUCUAAGGAUACUUAAGAAUAAGAUUAAAAAGACUAACAAUCUAAACAUGAAGAGAUAUAGAGUCUAAGAAUAUCAAAAAUGUCUGACCUUAGUGAUUAAUUGAAGAAUGACUUAUAGAUAGAGGAAGGUUAAGGAAUUGAAAAUAGUCUGGGAUCUGAUUUUCAUUAUUUUGAUAGCAAUAAAAGUUCUCUCAAUCAAACUCCAUAAAGGAAAUCUCUUAGAGAUAUAAAAUUCUAUAAAAAUUAAGUACCUAGUCUCAAAAUAUAACAACAAGAAAAUGAAAAAUAUUUUUCAUAGGCAUCCAGUCCGCAAAACAACCUAGAGAAGUAAUGGUCCAAGAAAUUAUAAAUUACGACUGAUGGUUUAGGUUGCUAAUCUAAUUUAAUUUCACCUAUAGUUGCAUAUCAUGAUAACGGAUAACAUAAAAAUACUAUGUCCUUUGGGAGAUAAUAGGGGUACAACAGUUUUUAAAAAUCCUACAAAAAGUAUAACCAAAAUUGCAUCAGUCCAUUUGACUGUAACACUCCAAUUAAUGAAGAAUCUAAAUUUAUAAAUGAACUUAAAAAAGGGAAUAUUGCAAAAAGCAAAUAGAUUGAAAAAGAGUAGGCUAUGAUAAGAGUAUUAAAAACCUAAUCUGAGAAGAAGUAGCAGAGUUUUGAGUAUGAGAAAAAAAUUAUGGAACUUGAACAAGAACUUAAAUUGAAAGAAGAACAAAUGUAAUUGAAAGAUGAUAUAAUAAGUGAAUAACUAGAAAAAAUUUAAUAAUAUAACCAAAGAAUAAGUCUAAUUCCAAAUGAAGAUGAUUGGAAUUCUGAUUUUCAUAAUAUAAGGGAAUUUAUUGAUGAUUAUAAAAGCAAUAUAUAUUAAUUGAUAUCUCAUAAGAAUUCAAAUAUAUCUUUUAUUAAUUUGAAGAAGUAAAAGUUUUAGGAAUAAUAAAAGGAUAAAUUCAAUUAAUUCAGUACCAAAAAUUCAACUUAGACAAAUUAAUAAAUAUCUGAAGAAUAAACCAAUUCACAAAUUAUAAGCAUUUAGAAAAAUUUAAUUUUAUCACCUAUUUUCGAAAAUAUAAUACUCUUACAAUAAAAAUCUUUAGCACUUGGAUUUGAAUUUGGCCAUGCUGUCCCAGAACUUUUUUAAAAACUAUAUUACCUUAGUAAAAGAGAGAAGUUUAGAAAUAGAUUACUUGAUAUGAAUGAAUGCGUAAAAUAUGAAAUUCAAGAAUUAAAUAAUUUUUUAAAGAAUCAGAAUAAAAACUCAAGUAUUAAUGAAUUGAAAGAGACACUUGAAUCAGAAAUUAUCAUAUAAAAAUACAUUUAUUAAAAAAUUUACAAUAUAUCUAAUCUAUUCAAAGAAAGAAUAAUGUAAAUAUAGGAAGGUCACAAACAAAUGUAAGAGUAAUUGAAAAAAAAUACUCUAUGUAAUUGA